AUGGCCUCGAGAAUCGAGUCAAGUUUGGAGUCGGGGUCGCGUUCCGAAGAGACCGUUACGGCGAGCUCUAGCUCCUCGCCAAUUAUUUCGUCGAGGUCUGAAAGUCAAUUGGCUCGCGAGGCUUCACCCGCGAACGAGCUCGCUGCUCGGAUUCGCGAGCAGGGAGCGUCUUCGCAAAAUUACGGUUCAGACGAGCCCAACCGGGAUACGCGUGAGAGCGACGCCGAUGCUCAAAUUGCGGAAGGCGAUGAAGAACAAGGCAAGGAAAAAGGGGACGGUGAUGAUGGUGAUGGUGAUGAUGUCGAGGUUGAGGGCGAGGAAGAAGGAGAUGAAGGAGGGGGAGAAGAAGAAGAAGAAGAAGAUGCUGAAGGCAGAACUCGCAGGAAGGGUUCCAAGCGGAAAGGGAACAUCGAGAACCGUCUGCUCAGGAUCGAGUCUCAGAUGACGCCCGAACGCUUGGCCGAGAUGCGAGCUCUCCAUCGGUUCUCUCCGGGCGUGAUAUUGAGAUCGCCGGGCCCUGGGGAUCGCCCGUGGCAAGCUCCCGAAGGUUGGGUUGCGCUGUACGAGGCAUGGUUCAGUCAAUGCCAUCUCUGGGUUCCUCUCCCUCGGCUUCUGACUGAUUACGUCGACAGGCGAGGCGUGGCUUUCACUCAGCUUCUUCCGGCUGGAAUCUGGUUUAUGAUUGCAGCGCUUGUGUUCGGGAUCGAGGUUGGCGUCAACUUUGAUUGGCGUUUCUUCGAGGAGAUGACGCUGGUUCAGAAGAACAACUCGAUCCAUGAUCAGAACAUCAAUUUCGGUGCUUUCCCGGAUAAUUAUUGGACAGACGUCGCAAAGCUUCAAUCUUUCGGGAUUCAACACUGGCCUGAAGUUCAUAGCCAAAGAGUUCGAGCUGCUAUUACUCGGAUCCGACUUGGGGAAGAGUUGAUCACUAUACCCGAGAAGCAAUUGAGAUGGCCAGUUCAAGUCAAUGCUCCUAAUUUGGCUGCGAGGCUUCGAGGCAGGAAGAAGAAGAGUUCGGUGGUGAGUCAAGGAGCCUCUGCGUCUCGAUCCGAGAGUCAGGCAACUGCACCUAGGCUUGAGGGGAACAUUCUUCAACGCGAGGAAGAGCUCGCUCCUCAACAUGAAGAGCUCGCUCCUCUACCUGAAGGAGGGAUCCUUCCCGAUAGCGGGGUAAUCCAUGAAGGCGAGAGUGGAGGUCAGACCGAGAAUCUCGAUCAGGUCGAGACUAGGGUCGAGGUUCAACAGGAGACCCAACAGACUGAUGACGUGACCGCAGAGGCGGUGAGGUCUGCGGCUAGGUCAAUGAAGAGAGGUAAGAAGAAAGAGAAGAAGAAGAAGAAUGAUGUCGGGGCUUCUCGCCUUGCUGAACAAGAGGUCGGGGUCGAGGCUCCUCGAUCGCAGGAUAGGAAGAAAAAGCACGUUGCAGCGGAGGCGAACGUGGGCGAGGAGGUAACUCGCGGGGAGGUCUCCAAGAGAACUAAGGUUAGUCCCACCGGCGCCGAGUUGACCCAGGAGAUUGACUGGAGCUUCCAGUUCGAUUACGACAACCGGGACGAGCCCUUCGUCAAUAACAAAGAUAAAUGUGCCAUGUUGUUCGGCAUGAUCAGGGGCUCUACCUCGGGGGUCCCCGCGGGCGAAGACGCCGUUUUUAAGGAUAUGACGAGCUAA